AUCAGAGCCUUAACAAAGGACUGCACGUCUGGAAGCUCAGCCAUUUUUUGUGCAAUAAAAGCAACAGGGCCGAAAUCUGUCCCCUCAGGGAACUAGCAGAAAGGCCCUUCUCCAGCCCAACCUGGAGAAAAGACAAGUUCCUGGCAACCUUAACUCUGUGCCAGGAAAAACCACACUCUUCACACCACAAUAAGUAGGUCCUCCACACCUUGUGGUAGAUACGCUGAGUAACUGGUUUACGAGCUUGAAUAAGAGUAUCAAUGACACUCUCAGAGAAACCUCUCUUGACUAAGACUAAGCAUUCAAUCUCCACACAGUCAGCCUCAGAGAAUCUAGAUUUUGAUGAACAAAUGGACCUUGUAUCAGCAGGUCUCUGGAACAAGUUGGCGCUCUCCAGAUGAGCAUGAAAGUGAACGAGAGGAGUAUGGUGCAUUAUGCAACAUGUGGCUCACCAGCCGACCGCACCGGCUACCUCUACAAGAGGGGACAGUGGAAUGUGGCCUACCAAAAACGAUGGUUUGUGCUGAAGGGUAACCUUCUCUUUUAUUUUGAGGAGCGCCAGAGCAGAGAGCCCGUAGGAGUUGUGAUACUGGAGGGCUACACCGUGGAGCUCUGCCAGUCUGAAGAGGAGUUUGCCUUUGCUGUGCGAUUUGAUGUGCAAGAUUCCCGAUCUUACAUUCUGGCUGCAGAAAGUCAGGAGGACAUGGAGAGCUGGGUGAAGGCUUUGUCUAGGGCGAGCUUUGACUACAUGAGGCUGGUGGUCAGGGAACUGGAGAGAGAACUGGAGGUGAUGCAGAAGUGUAGAGUACGUAAGACAAAGGGUCGACAAGUUGUAAGGGCCCGGACAACAGCUCGGGUUAAGUGGGAUAAUUUCAAGAUAUUGGAUUCUAACAAUGGUUUCAUUUAUCCAGAAAACUCCAGCAUGGACACACAUGCCAGAAGCGCUACAGGUACCACACCACCACCCUUGCCCCCUCGAAGACGGGGUGCAUUUUGGGUUGACCCAUUUGCCCCAGCCACCUCCAUCAUGGCAUCAGGAAGCCCAGUAUGCCCAGAGACUCUUUGUUUUACUAAACUGCAUGAGUAUUAUGGGAAAGAAAUUAGGGAGCUACGGAAAAAGUGGCAGGAAGAAAAUAUGAGCCAUGAGCAAAGACAAUAAGAAGGGGACAGCGGUGACAUGAUGGUCACUCACCUGUGUCUGGGAAUAUGUUUUCGUGGAUAUGGCUGUGAUUGUGCUACAAGCCUUUGUAACUGCGUGGUCCCCAAAAUGUCAAGCUGAACAUGUCAAAAGCUCAUUCAAAUGGAUGGCACCUGAUUUGUACCCCUCGCUGACUAGCCGCCAUGAUGUAACCUAUUGACAUUGAUUACAAUGAGCCAGGAAAAUAAGGGGAAGUUGUCACUACCCAUUAAAAACAAAUCAUUAAGGGACAGUCUAGUCAGAAUUUUUAUUGUUUAAAAAGAUAGAUAAUCCCUUUAUACCCAUUCCCCAGUUUUGCAUAACAAACACAGUUAUAUUGAUAUACUUUUUACCUCUGUUAUUACCCUGUAUCUAAGCCUCUGCAGACUGCCCCUUAUCUCAGUUAUAUUAAUAUACUUUUUACCUCUGUGAUUACCUUGUAGCUAAGCCUCUGCAGACUGCUCCUUAUCUCAGUUAUAUUAAUAUACUUUUUACCUCUGUGAUUACCUUGUAGCUAAGCCUCUGCAGACUGCCCCUUAUCUCAGUUAUAUUAAUAUACUUUUUACCUCUGUGAUUACCUUGUAUCUAAGCCUCUGCAGACUGCCCCCUUAUCUCAGUUAUAUUAAUAUACUUUUUUACCUCUGUGAUUACCCUGUAUCUAAGCCUCUGCAGACUGCCCCUUAUCUCAGUUAUAUUAAUAUACUUUUUACCUCUGUGAUUACCCUGUAUCUAAGCCUCUGCAAACUGCUCCUUAUCUCAGUUAUAUUAAUAUACUUUUUACCUCUGUGAUUACCCUGUAUCUAAGCCUCUGCAGACUGCUCAUUACCUCAGUUAUAUUAAUAUACUUUUUACCUCUGUGAUUACAUUGUAUCUAAGUCUCUGCAGACUGCCCCCUUCUUUCUUUUAAAAGACUAGCAUUUUAGCCAAUCAGUGCUGACUACUAAGUAACUCCAUGGGCAUGAGCACAGUGUUAUCUAUAUGGUACACAUGAACGUACGCCCUCUAGCUGUGAAAAACUGUCAAAUGCAUUUAGAUAAGAGGUGGACUUCAAGGGCUUAGAAAUUAGCAUAUGAGCCUACAAACUUUCAGCAAAGAAUACCAAGAGAGCCAAGCAAAUGUUAUGAUAAAAGUAAAUUGGAAAGUUGUUUAAAAUGACAUGGCCUAUCUGAAUCAUGACAGUUUAAUUUUGACUAGACUGUCCCUUUAAUCUGUUUUUUCUUACUAUCCCUUUAUUUUAUCAGUCACCAGAAUCAUGCUACCCUGCCACAGACCUGUGAGAACUUCUGAAUGGGAGUUUUAAUUCACAACUAUAUUACUCCAGCCCGGUGCCUCGUCCCUCUGAAAUUCCUGUAUAAGGAAAUCACUUUUUUAUUUGUACAAAACAAGCUGAAGUGAAAUAUAAAGUUACAAUUGGGCCCAUGACACUCCAUGGUGGGAUAGUGCAAGUGGCCGAUGACUUUUGGAUCUAUACUGCACAUACAAAGCAGCCAGAUGGGAUUAUAGACUUGAGUCUUAUGGACCUGCACCUCUGUAUUAUUAUUUUCUGCACUCCAAUACUUGUUUACAGGUCCUCCGUACCCCAGGACAUGGCGAGGGAUUAGUAGACGCUGCAGGCCCAGCUGAAAAAUGAAAUGCAUGUGUAAUAAGUAUUUAUAUAUUGUUACUUAGGACUGACAAUACAGCCACAAUGUGUGCUGUUGUAUGAUAUUAUAUUCUUUGUGUAAACCUAAAAUACGUCCCCACACUACA